AUAUAUCUAUAUAUAUGCUUGUAUAACUGUGUGCAUCAAUCAUACAUUUCCAGUUUAGCUUUUAACAGCAACAGAAGCAGCAGCGGCACCUCAUCUCUUGCUAGUGAAAGCAGGCCCUCGAAUCAUGUCUUGUGUAGAAGAGAGAGAGGCAGAGAAUCCACAGAAAGCUACAAACGGUCUUCCUGAUCUUGAGCAGGGUUCAGUGAAGACGACAGAGUCACGAAAUGCAACAGUUGGCUCGUACCCAUGGAUGCAAUUCAAUAUCGGUUCCCUUCACUUGUACCCAGUCACUCUCAAGUUCGAGGAAGUGGUAUACAAAGUGAAAGUAGGUGGUCAUCAGCAGACAGGUUUAUGGUCUCUGUGCAUGGAUGGGAGUGGUAUUGAAAGUGGGGAGAAAACCAUACUCAACGGGAUAACCGGAAUGGUGUGCCCAGGAGAGAUCCUGGCGAUGCUUGGUCCUUCAGGUAGUGGUAAGACCACCCUCCUCACUGCCCUCGGUGGUAGGCUCUCUGGCAAACUGUCCGGAAAGAUAACUUAUAAUAGCCAACCCUUCUCCAGCUGCAUGAAGCGGAGGAUAGGGUUCGUUGCUCAGCACGACGUCCUUUACCCUCACCUCACCGUCGCCGAGACCCUUGUCUUCGCUGCCUUGCUCAGGCUCCCCAAUACCCUCACUCACGCCGACAAGGUGGAGCACGUGGAGCACGUGAUCGCGGAGCUAGGUCUGGGACGGUGUAGGAACAGUAUGAUUGGAGGUCCCCUGUUCAGGGGGAUAUCAGGAGGGGAGAAGAAGAGGGUAAGCAUAGGUCAAGAGAUGCUGAUUAACCCAAGCCUGCUGCUGCUGGAUGAGCCUACCUCGGGUCUUGACUCCACAACAGCCCAGAGGAUCCUUAGUACAGUGAAGAGGUUGGCAAGUGGAGGAAGGACGGUGGUGACGACCAUACACCAGCCAUCUAGCAGGCUCUACCACAUGUUCGACAAGCUGAUCCUCCUAUCACAGGGUUGCCCCAUUUACUAUGGACAGGCAUCAAAUGCCUUGGAUUACUUCUCCUCCAUUGGAUUCUCCACGUCCGUUACCAUCAACCCCGCUGAUCUUUUGCUCGAUCUUGCUCACGGAAUUGCUCCAGACUCCAUGGAUGCGGCCGAUCAAGGGGAUUUCAAUGGUGACAUGGAAGAAAAGCAGAAGCUGGUGAGGGAGAAUCUCAUAUCAGCUUAUGACAAGAACAUUGCUACGAGAUUGAAGGUUGAGCUCUGCAUUUUGGACGUAAAUAACUACAACUAUAAGAAAGAAGCAUCUACAAAGAAUGUAGCAAAAGCAGAACAAUGGUGCACAAGCUGGUGGCAGCAGUUUAAGGUGCUGCUGAGGAGAGGGUUAAAGGAGAGAAGGCAUGAAGCCUUCAACAGACUGAGGAUCUUCCAAGUCAUAAGUGUCGCUCUACUGGCUGGUCUCUUGUGGUGGCACUCUCCAAUUUCCCACAUCCAAGAUCGGAUUGCAUUGAUCUUCUUCUUCUCUGUAUUCUGGGGCUUCUUCCCACUCUACAAUGCCGUCUUCACGUUCCCACAAGAAAGAUCCAUGCUCAUCAAGGAACGCUCCUCUGGCAUGUACCGCCUCUCCUCCUAUUUCCUAGCCAGGACAGUUGGAGAUUUGCCAAUGGAGCUCGCACUUCCCACUGCAUUUGUCAUCAUAAUCUACUGGAUGGGUGGACUCAAACCUGACCCCACUUCCUUCAUCCUCUCCCUCCUUGUCGUCCUCUACAGUGUCCUUGUCUCCCAGAGCCUUGGCCUUGCCAUUGGUGCUAUCCUCAUGGAUGUCAAACAGGCCACCACCCUGGCCUCUGUCACCACACUCGUCUUCCUCAUUGCUGGGGGCUACUACAUACAACAGAUCCCUCCCUUCAUCAUAUGGUUGAAAUACCUGAGCUUCAGUUUCUACUGCUACAAGCUUCUCCUUGGGGUUCAAUUCACGGAGGAUGACUACUACGAGUGUUCAAAAGGGGUCUUUUGCAAAGUGUUGGAUUUUCCACCUGUUAAGUCAGUGGGCCUAACUCACCUGUGGAUGGAUGCAUGUAUCAUGGCCUUAAUGUUGGUUGGUUAUAGGCUCGUGGCUUAUUUAGCCUUGCACCGAGUUCAGGUUAGGUAGUCAAUUGACAAUCGAGCUUCUUCACGCCUCCAAUUACCAACUGCGGAUCCACAAAGAUGAAAUGGUCGAAGAGUUUUCUACUUCUUUAACUGAGAAAUAACAUAGUUUGAAGUCAAGGAAUCAGAUCUUUCAAUGUUUUGAUCUGUUUUUUUGUCUACGAUGCAUUGCAUUGCACCUCUGUGCUUUGGUAAUAGUUGAUACGAAAUCACUAUGAUGUAGUAGUCUACUACUCUUUAAAUGUGAAUUAACUACAUGGCUUCGAA